ACCGUUGCGUUAAAAUUGGGUUCUAUUUUACAAAAGCGCUUAAAGUUUUAAUUAAUUACGUGAAAAUCAUUUCAAUUUUUAAGCGUAAGAAGUCAAGAUGGUUGAUUUGAUUAUCUUAUCACUACUAGCUUUUCUUAUCUCCCUGCCCUGUUCGCAAGGUUGUGUUGAUAAUAACAGCAAAUAUUGUGGAGCAUGGAAGAAGGCUGGAUUUUGUGCACCCACAUCUCAAUAUUUUAGUCACAUGCAAAAAAAUUGUCAAAAAACUUGUGGAUUGUGUGCUCCACCAGGUUGUGCUGAUAAGGGUGGCUACUGCAGUUCGUACGCACCUUAUUGUAAAGAUCCUGGGUACAAGGAUUACCUCAUCAAGGAGUGCAAAUUAACUUGCAACUACUGCCAUAUAACGACUGUUGCGCCACCUACAACACCACUAGUUACCAUACCUCCAUAUACUGGUCCUGGCGGAAGAGCUAUUCAACCAGGGUGUGGUAAAAAAGGCCCUGGUCACACUCGUAUUGUUGGGGGUAAGAACGCAAAACCCGGUGACUGGCCAUGGCAAGUGAAUAUUGACUACGAAGACAAUAUUUCUAACCCAGGUCAUCUUUGUGGUGGUACUCUCAUUACAGAAGAAUGGGUAUUAAGUGCAGCGCAUUGUUUUUAUGCUGACCAGAAUAAAGAUAAAUACUGGUUAAAGUUGGGUGAACAUGACAUUAAAACAAAUAGCAGCUGGGAACAGCGCUUUGAUAUAGCACAGCUUAUUCUGCACCCAAAAUAUAAUAAUAACAACUUUGAUUACGACUUAGCACUCAUCCGCUUGAAAUCGAAAGCUAAGUUAAACAGUCGCGUGCAAACGGCUUGUGUUCCAGGACAAAAGACCAGCUUUCCAGUUGGAACUAAAUGUUAUAUAACUGGUUGGGGUCUAUUAAAAGAGUAUGGCAAAGGUCCCGCGAUCUUGCAACAAGCACAAGUUCCACUGGUUGAACAAUCGAAAUGCAAAAAAGCGUACUCCACACAUGGGUUGAGCAUCACACCAACCAUGUUCUGUGCUGGCUAUGAACAUGGAGGUAUCGAUUCAUGCGAAGGUGAUUCAGGCGGACCUCUAGUGUGUAAAAAGAACAAUCCAGCUACCGGUGAAGACACGUGGUUUCUUUGGGGCACAAUCUCAUGGGGCGUAGGCUGUGCUAGAAAAGGUCUCUAUGGUGUUCUGUCAAGUCCAAAAGUGUUGAGAUCGUUCUUAGAUCAACAUGUAUUUAAAGGAAGUGUAUGAAUAAAUAAUAACAAAAAACUCA